AUGUCGGACUACAGCACGGGAGGACCCCCGCCCGGGCCGCCGCCGCCCGCUGGCGGCGGCGGAGGAGCCGGGGGAGCCGGGGGCGCCGGGGGAGGCCCUCCGCCGGGCCCGCCGGGUGCGGGGGACCGGGGCGGCGGCGGCCCCGGCGGCGGCCCCGGCGGGGGGUCGGCCGGGGGUCCCUCCCAGCCGCCCGGCGGGGGAGGCCCGGGGAUCCGCAAGGACGCUUUCGCCGACGCCGUGCAGCGGGCCCGCCAGAUUGCAGCCAAAAUUGGAGGCGACGCUGCUACAACAGUGAACAACAGCACUCCUGAUUUUGGUUUUGGGGGCCAAAAGAGGCAGUUAGAAGAUGGAGACCAACCGGAGAGCAAGAAACUGGCUUCCCAGGGAGACUCCAUCAGUUCUCAACUUGGACCCAUCCAUCCUCCCCCCAGGACUUCAAUGACAGAAGAGUACAGGGUCCCAGACGGCAUGGUGGGACUAAUCAUUGGUAGAGGUGGUGAACAGAUUAACAAAAUCCAGCAGGAUUCAGGCUGCAAAGUCCAGAUCUCACCAGACAGUGGUGGCCUACCCGAGCGCAGUGUGUCCUUGACGGGAGCCCCAGAAUCUGUCCAGAAAGCAAAGAUGAUGCUGGAUGACAUUGUCUCUCGGGGUCGUGGGGGGCCCCCAGGACAGUUCCACGACAAUGCCAAUGGAGGCCAGAAUGGCACUGUGCAGGAGAUCAUGAUCCCCGCGGGGAAGGCUGGCCUGGUCAUCGGCAAAGGCGGGGAGACAAUUAAGCAGCUGCAGGAGCGAGCUGGAGUGAAGAUGAUUUUAAUUCAAGAUGGCUCCCAGAAUACGAAUGUGGACAAGCCUCUCCGCAUCAUUGGGGAUCCUUACAAAGUGCAGCAAGCCUGUGAGAUGGUGAUGGACAUCCUCCGGGAGCGUGACCAGGGUGGCUUUGGGGACCGGAACGAGUAUGGAUCCCGGAUUGGCGGGGGCAUCGAUGUGCCAGUGCCUAGGCAUUCUGUCGGGGUGGUCAUUGGCCGGAGCGGAGAAAUGAUUAAGAAGAUCCAGAAUGACGCUGGUGUGCGGAUACAGUUUAAGCAAGAUGAUGGGACCGGUCCUGAGAAGAUAGCUCACAUAAUGGGGCCCCCAGAUCGGUGUGAGCACGCAGCACGGAUCAUCAAUGAUCUCCUCCAGAGCCUCAGGAGUGGUCCCCCAGGCCCACCAGGGGGUCCUGGCAUGCCCCCGGGGGGCCGGGGACGAGGAAGGGGCCAAGGCAACUGGGGCCCUCCGGGCGGAGAGAUGACCUUUUCCAUCCCCACUCACAAAUGUGGGCUGGUCAUCGGCCGAGGUGGGGAGAACGUGAAAGCCAUAAACCAGCAGACAGGCGCCUUUGUGGAGAUCUCCCGGCAGCUGCCACCCAACGGGGACCCCAACUUCAAGUUGUUCAUCAUCCGGGGCUCACCUCAGCAGAUAGACCACGCCAAGCAGCUCAUUGAGGAAAAGAUUGAGGGUCCCCUCUGCCCAGUUGGACCAGGCCCCGGGGGACCAGGCCCUGCAGGCCCCAUGGGGCCCUUCAACCCCGGGCCUUUCAAUCAGGGGCCACCUGGGGCUCCCCCGCAUGCGGGGGGUCCUCCUCCUCACCAGUACCCACCCCAGGGCUGGGGCAAUACCUACCCCCAGUGGCAACCACCUGCUCCUCAUGACCCAAAUAAAGCUGCAGCCGCUGCAGACCCCAACGCCGCCUGGGCCGCCUACUACUCACACUACUACCAGCAGCCCCCAGGCCCCGUGCCCGGCCCUGCACCGGCCCCUGCGGCCCCCCCUGCCCAGGGCGAGCCCCCACAGCCCCCACCCGCCGGCCAGUCAGACUACACUAAGGCCUGGGAAGAGUAUUACAAAAAGAUCGGCCAGCAGCCCCAGCAGCCUGGAGCGCCCCCGCAGCAGGACUACACGAAGGCCUGGGAGGAGUACUACAAGAAGCAGGCUCAAGUGGCCACCGGAGGGGGUCCGGGAGCACCCCCAGGCUCCCAGCCAGACUACAGUGCCGCCUGGGCCGAAUAUUACAGACAGCAGGCCGCUUACUACGGACAGACUCCAGGUCCUGGCGGCCCCCAGCCUCCACCCACACAGCAGGGACAGCAGCAGGCUCAAUGAAUCGAAUGAAUGUGAACUUCUUCAUCUGUGAAAAUCUUUUAUUAUUUUUUUUUCCAUUUUGUUCUGUUUGGGGGCUUUUUUUUUUUUUUGGUUCUUUUUUUUUUUUUUCUUCAUGUGUUUGGCG